CAUGCCUGCCUUCUCACCACGGCCAAUUAAAAUCGCUAUCACAAAAUCCUGUUCUCUCCCUUCCAUCAUAACUCUCUUAAAAACAUCCAAACUUCGAACUCAUCUUCACCAAGUACACUCUCACCUUAUCAAAAAGGGCCUUCAACAAGACCACUCACUUAUCUCCCAUUUUAUUUCUCUUUGUCACUCACUUGGCACCUCUCUCUCAUACUCCACCUCCAUUUUUAAUCAAAUUAUCACUCCCAGUACCUUUCUUUGGAAUACCCUUUUAAAAGGGUAUUCCCAGAGGGGUUGUUUUAUCGACAUUUUAAAGUAUUUUAUUCGAAUGAUUAGGGAGGGUGGAGUACCUGAUAUAUAUACGUUUCCAUUGGUAAUUAAGGCUUGUUCGAGUGAACUUAUUUUAAGAGGAGGAACUGCGAUUCAUGGGGCUGUGAUUAGGUUAGGAUUAGAUGAUGAUGUUUUUGUGUGUACUAGUUUGAUUGACCUGUAUGGUAAAUGUAAGGAGAUUGAGUGUGCCCGCAAGGUGUUCGAUGAAAUGACGAACAGAAACGUUGUUUCUUGGACGGCGAUGGUUGUCGGGUAUGUGAUUGUUGGUGAUUUAGCAGAAGGGAAGAAGAUGUUUGAUUUAAUGCCGGAGAGGAAUAUAGUGUCGUGGAAUGCGUUGAUUGGCGGGCUAGUUAAGAUAGGUGAUAUGAGCAGUUCUAGGAAACUGUUCGAUGAAAUGCCUGAAAGAAAUGUGAUUUCUUACACAACGAUGAUUGAUGGUUAUGCAAAAUCAGGUGAUAUGGCGUCAGCUAGAUUGUUGUUUGAGGAAGCUCCGGAUAGGGAUAUUGUUGCGUGUUCGGCAUUGAUAACAGGGUAUGCACAGAAUGGUCAGCCUGAUGAGGCUGUGAAGAUUUUUUAUGAAAUGUAUUUUAAAGAUGUUAAGCCGGAUGAGUUUAUAAUGGUGAGCUUGAUGUCCGCAUGUUCUCAACUGGGUAGUUUGGAAUUAGCCGAGUGGGUUGAUUUUUAUUUGAGUAGGAGUGAGUUGGAUCUUAGUCGAGGUCAUGUUAUUGCCUCUCUUAUAGACAUGAACGCAAAGUGUGGGAACAUGGAUAGAGCGGAAGAACUGUUUGAAGCUAUGUCUAAUAGAGACCUAAUUUCAUAUUGUUCAAUGAUACAAGGAUUGUCGAUUCAUGGUCAUGGCACACAGGCUGUCUUCCUCUUCAAUAAGAUGAUAAGUGAAGGGUUGAUUCCUGAUGAGGUGGCCUUCACGAUCAUUUUGACUGCUUGUAGCCAUGCUGGCCUUGUGGAGGAGGGUUUGCAUUACUUUGAAUCCAUGCAAAGUGUGUACUCUAUUGUUGCUUCUCCUGAUCAUUAUGCAUGUAUGGUUGAUCUUCUCAGCAGGACAGGACACUUAAAAGAAGCAUAUGAGCUUUUAAAUUCAAUGCCUGUGGAACCUCAUGAAGGUGCUUGGGGUGCACUACUUGGGGCCUGUAAGUUACAUUGUGAUGUUGAGUUAGGGGAGUUAGUUGCCAAAAGGCUUUUUGAGCUUGAGCCACUAAAUGCCGGUAGUUUUGUGCUUUUAUCCGACAUCUAUGCAGCAGCAGACCGCUGGCUGGAUGUUUCUCUUGUGAGAAAGGAAAUGAAAGAGAGGGGAGUUAGAAAAAUACCUGGUUGCAGUCGGAUUUAGUUUAUAAGAUUAGUUUCUCUGUAUAUUCUAUUGGUUUCCUAGGAUCAGAGAUGUGCUGGAAUUCCAAGUUUGUGUAAGUCAGAAUCUUUUCUCUCGGGACCCUUUUUUGUAGAAUUAAAUAUGAGGGAAUUCUAAUUUCUCUCCAAAUUGGAGAGUAGAGGAAUUAAGCUGUGCAGCUUUUUAUCUUGUCCACGGUCUCAAUUUUGUGCAAUCUUACUGAGUGUAAAGGCAUUUUUGUUGCAAAUUUUAAAUUCAUCUCCUAAAGUUGGUGCAUCACGGUGUGGUUAUUACUCUGUUGAAUGCAAGAAGGCUUUGGAAGAUCAAUCCAAACUGUCUCUGCCACACAUUACACUAAUAUCUAUUAAUUAAUCCUGAAGCAGAAUUCAAGCCCCCAAUUCCAUUUACUGUUUCCACAUAUUAAGGGUUUCGAUUUUAUGGUGAGAGAUUUGGGAAGCUGGACAGGAAGGAAUAUGUGUAACAUGAACCUUGUGAUGUAUGAUUAGGUGACAUAAAGGAAAGCUUAGUCUAGGAUUGAUGGCAAUCACAGAAUUCCUCUUGUUCUUUGUUUUAGCAGGCAAAUCAUGCUGGGGCUGUUGGCCAUUAGGCAGAACUUGCAAGCAACAUAGGUCAUUCUGAAUUCUCCUGGUUUUUGUAGAUUAAUAAAGAGAGUAAAUAUUCUUGUUUAGUUUGUAAUGCAGCCUUGUGAACCAAAAGUUUAUUAAAGGUAUGUUAAAGGGCUUUAGAUCUUUCAAUUUGUUGCGGGAGCAAAAUGAUUUCUAU